AUGUUCUAUUAUCCCAACGUCUUGCAACGCCAUACGGGAUGUUUUGCUACGAUUUGGUUGGCAGCAACUGGAGCAACCAAACUGUUGAAACGGGAGUACCUGAAAGUCAACAUCCCGCAGACCUGCGAGGAGAUCAUGGCCUUCAUCCUCGUCCGGGUCCCACCACCCGUGCCGGGUGCCCCGCGGCCCCGAUUCUCCCUCUACCUCUCAGCUCAGCUGCAGUAUGGGGUGAUCCGUGUGUACAGCCGUCAGUGCCAGUAUCUUGUCGAAGAUAUCCAGCAAAUUUUGGAACGACUCCACCGGGCCCAGCUGCAAAUCCGCAUCGACUUGACGGACCUGGAGCAGCCGGGGUUGCUGCUCCCCGAUCAGCUGGUCCUGAUGGAAGCGCUAGAGGAAGCCCCCAACCCCUUCUUUGGGGUGAUGGAGCCUGUCCUGCCCAGUCCCGCAUCCAUCCCGCACAUCCGCCACCUCCUGGAAGCACCAACUCCAGAGAGAAGCCCUGUGGAACGAUCGCCGCCGCCGCCUGUCCCACGUCGGAGGGCAGAGGAGCCACUCCUCACCCUCCCCCCUGAAGCCAUCACACUCAAGGAGAUGGAGCCCAUCAUCGUGCUGCCGAUUGAGGGUGAAAAAGACCUGCCGGAGAUCACGGUCAAGGAAAUUGAAAUGUUGGUUGAGCAAGAAGGGUUCGUGGCGCCCGGGGAGGAGAGGCCCCUGCGCGUUUCUCCCCGAAAAAGACGUGCCGAAGAAGAGCCUGCAGAGGAGGUCCGAGAGGAAGAGGCUUUGGUCUCCGUGGGGCUGUUGUCUCCCACAUGGAUCGGGGAGGAGCCUUCAGCCAUCCAGGAGACGGGUCUACUGCUGCCGGAGGAGACCAGGCUCUUGGAAGAAGUCCCCCGGCCCCCUUUGGAAGUGACGCCUGAUCGAGAGGGCCUCCGGUUGCAGCCCUCGCCCCCCGUGAGUGCCGUGCUAGAGGAACGUGCCCCGUGGAGCCCAGAGGUUAAGGGAGAGGAAGGGACGAGAGGACAACCCAACAGUUCCCUCGCCGCCCCGCAGCUGCACCUGCCCGAGUAUGAACCGUCUCCACCUGGGCCCCCCAAGCGGCGGAGGCAGCUGCGCUUCCUGGAUCCCGUGACGCAGCUUUCCCGGGAGGAUUUCCAGAGCCAGCUUUUGGACCCACAGGCCCAGUGCCAGCGCCUGGAGACGGUGCUGCUGCCAGGCAAGAGGCUGAGGACGCCAGCAGAGCUCCUGGGAGGGCCAACAUAUGGUUGGAUGCAUCCCACCCUCCUCGGCCUCUGGUCCCGCUGUGCCAGCCUCCAGCGUGUGGAUUACGCCAGGCGCCGAGUGCUGGAAGAGGAGGAGAUAGAGAGAGCAGUGGAAGAAGUGCAGAAGGCAGAGGUUCCUAGCGAGCUAGAGGAGCUGCGAGCUGCAGAGGAAGGAAGCGUAUCACGGGUGGGCUCAUCAGAGAUUUCCCUCGAGAUCACCGAAGAGGAGCUUCGCCCUAGCUUAGUUGCAGUGGAGGAGAGGAUUCCCCUCGAGCCAGAGGAAGUGGCGCUGCCGGUCGUCCCCGAGCUCCCGGAAAUCAGCUUUGAGCUGCCGUUGGAGAAGGACGCGGUCACGCUGGACUCCGUGCGCAGGUGUGCCCAUCCUGGUGAAUUCCCCAUCCUCGGCCCAGGAGUGCCGAAUCUUUUUCAGCCCGAGGUCUGUUCUGUGUCCAGUUUUGGCAGGACUCUUGAGUGGCUGCAUUCCCUUGUGGGUGGAUCCAGGCCCCAAUACAAAAAAACUGCAGCACGUGUCGUCUUAAAGCUCUUAUUCCCAGUACAAAACCUUUGGAGAAUGAUUUCGGAGCUGGUGGCCGCGAAGCUGCAGGAGUUUGGAGAGAUGCGACUGGACACUCUGGUGCCUCUCAGCACGUCUCGCGCUGUGGCCAGCCGGGUCUUCUACUUGUGCUUGGUCCUUUCUGGCGCCCAGUACCUUAGCCUGGAGCAGGCAGAGCCCUACGGCGCGAUCGUCAUUAAGCCGGGAGCCCGUUUCCACGUGAGCUAGCAGUGCGGAAGCCUGGAGGCGGGAGUCAGAUCUGCCGGUUCAGUGCGGGGCUGCGUCCUCCCGAAGGAACGAAGCUGUGAUCUGGUUUUCCUGCCCCUUGGAAAGAAGCGUUUCCUUUCAACUGGUCUUUGGAUGAGGAAGAGGCAUUUGUGACUGCUGGUUAAUUUUUUUUUUAAAUCCUAAAUUUUAACCGAAUAAAGCUGUUCUGUUUAUGCAUCCCGGAA